UUGUUCGGAUGUGUGUCGGUACGGUUGGUGAUUGUCGUUGUGUUGUCGCCAGUUUCUGUGUUAUUUUGCGUUAUUUACCGUGGCUACCUGCAGCCUUUCCGAUGGAUUUCACUCUUCAGAACCUCUGACGCCCUUGGAGUAACUACCGCAGCAGCUCUAGCACCAUGAACCACGACACAUAGCGCUGCGGGCCGAGGCCGGGCGUGGCGCUGCGCGGUGCGGCGGUGGCGGUAUGCGACGCGUCCUCAGCGGCUGCCAGGCCAGCUUGGGCUUGGACUGGAACUGCACUUGCGUGCAGAAGGUGCCCGGUGAGGCUGCCGACAUGGACAGCUCUCGCAGCAGCAUCCGCGUGCACCACACGCAGCACGCGGCCCUGACGGGCGCCCUGGGCAAGGUGGGCUCGCACUCGCCGCCAGUCAUCGCGGCCGCCCGGUCGGAGGGGAGGUCGCCGCGCUUCCCCAAGCUGGACGAGUGCGCCCACUUCCACUACGAGCAUGUCGAGCUGGGGACGCUGCAGAUCACUGUCAUCAGCGACCAGGAUUUGAGCUUGGGGAGCAGACUGCAUGGUGAUGAUGUAGAAAAUCAGUCGUUUGCUGUGCAGGUCGCUUCUCAAGGCAAAAGCUGGCUUUUGCGAAGAACGUACCAAAAUUUCAGAUCUCUUGACACACAACUACACCGUUGCAUAUAUGACAGAAAAUUCUCAGCUCUGCCUGAACUACCACCAGAAGACAACUUAUCCAUUCCAACAGGACAAGACCAUGAGGAGGCUGUUCAAAAUAUUUUAGCUGACUACCUCAACCGUUUUUCUUUGAUUGCUGGCAAUCUGAUCAACUGUGGGCCGGUUUUGAGUUGGUUUGAACUCGACAACCGCGGUAGGCGUCUGCUAGUGCCCGAUAAUGACUCAUGCCCUAUCAACACGCCCGCAGUGGCCGCUGCCUACUCCGUCAAGAGAUAUUCAGCUCAGGCUCAGGAUGAAAUUUCCUUUGAAGUUGGUGACAUGAUCUCAGUCAUUGAUAUGCCACCACCAGAAGAAAGUGUGUGGUGGCGUGGCAAACGAGGCUUCGAAGUUGGCUUUUUUCCUUCAGACUGUGUGGCUCUUAUAGGAGACAAAGUCCCAAGAAAUCUUCAGUUGUCUGCUGGAUCCAGUGCCCCAAACUCCCCAAGAGAUAUGAUGUUGGCAUGUCAACCUAGUAAACCUGUUCUACGAAAGCAUGGAAAGCUUAUUUCAUUCUUCAGAUCAUUUAUUUUAUCACGCCCAUCACGAAGGCGUCUUAAACAAUCUGGAAUUUUAAAGGAGAGGGUCUUUGGAUGUGAUUUGGGAGAACACUUGCUUAACUCAGGGCAUGAUAUCCCUAUGGUUCUCAAGUGCUGCUCUGAGUUUAUUGAAACCCAUGGUAUUGUGGAUGGAAUAUAUCGUCUCUCAGGCGUUACAUCAAACAUUCAAAAACUACGAAAUGCCUUUGAUGAAGAUAGAGUUCCAGGAUUGUAUGAAGAUGAGGCCAUUCUUCAAGAUAUCCACUCUGUUGCCUCUCUUCUUAAGAUGUAUUUUAGAGAACUGCCCAACCCUCUUUGCACUUAUCAGUUAUAUCAUCAAUUUGUUGGAGCUGUUCAGAAUAAAGAUGGAUUAACUCGUGAUGGUCCAGAUGAAAAUAGAGAUGGCACAAGACUAAUGCUAAUGCGAGAUGCUGUUCAGAAGCUUCCACCCCCUCAUUAUAGAACUUUACAAUAUUUAGUAAAGCAUCUGGCUCGUGUGGCAGAGCAUGGCCACCAAACAGGAAUGACUCCAAGAAAUGUAGCUAUAGUUUGGGCUCCAAACCUGCUGCGUUGCAAAGCUCUGGAAGUUGGUGGCGUUGCUGCAUUACAAGGAGUUGGAGUCCAAGCGGUUGUCACAGAAUUCUUAAUUUGUUAUGCAGAUUUAAUCUUCUGUGACAGGCUUCCUCCAUUAAGUAUUCCUAUGCAACAAGCAACUCCAAAGCGGUCUCGUCCCAAAUCUUUGGCCAUAUCAACACCAACAAAGCUUCUAUCAUUGGAAGAAGCCCGAACCCGAGCUCUGCUGUCAGCAGCAGGGAAAACAGACCAAGACUACAUUGAAGUUGGUGGAGGGCCAUCUAGCUUACCAGCAAAAUAUCACACAGUUAUUGAUCUGCCAAGUAGGAAGCGGUCUGGCUCAAAGCGUUCUCCUCUUGGUUGGAAAUCAUUUUUCAGCAAAGCUGGAAGAAGUAGCAGUGGGGGUAGCACUCAUUCAAGCCGCAAGGCUCAACAGCAGCAGCAGCAACUGAAGCCUCAGCGUAAAACCUCAACUCCCUCAGCUAUUAAUUUCUGCACUGAGAAAGCUGUCACUGAAGCUGAUGUUGCUCCAGGACGCAGGCGAUUGAGACCUGUAAAGAGUGCAGAAAGCUUAGCCUCAGGCAAUAAUUCUAGCCGCAAUUCCACUGCUUUGAGUCAUGGAUCAGAUGCUGUGGGACAGAGUUGCUUGACUCCAGGUGGAGGAAGUCAUCCUGGCAGUCAAGCUGUGAGUCCUUCAGAUGGUCAAUCACAGCCUAAAGCAGGACAUAACAGAUCUGUUUCUCAUGAUUCAUAUUUUGAUCAUCUUGCGGAAACUCCCUCCAUGUCCCGCCGAGCAUCAUCUCGCUUGCAUGAGGAGGAAGGUUUCUCUUCAUCUUUGGAUCUGAGUGAAAUCCAAUUAAACUUUGAACUGGAAGAAUCAGAGAUGCGCAUUUUUUCUGAGGAUGAGACACUUUUAUCAACAUUUGAUAGCGCAAGUGUUAUGUCUCAAGGAUCACCACACACACACAACUCAAAUGUUAUUCCUCGUGACCGUCAUGCUAGAAACUCAGUUGGGGUUGGUAAGAGGCUAACCCCUCAUGGUGUUCCUCAUCUUGCUCGACCUGAAGAUACGUUGAGUGGUGGAUGUGCUUCACUUGAUCCUUCACCUAAAAAGCAAAAGACCAGUGGAAAUUCAAAUUGUGAUUACACAGCUAAUAUUUUAGACUCCUGUAAAAGAUCACGACUUGAAGAGCAACUCACUAACUCCUCCGCAGAGCUUCGUUACAUUGAUAGUCAAUCACCUGAACAAAUUCCAGCACAACAACAGGUUCUGGUUCAUGCUGAAGUCCAUCAAAGCAAUAACGCAACAAACUCAAGUGCAAGUAGCAAUGGAACCUAUGGAGUUCUAGCAAGUACAAGUUCAUCUCUAGCUGAAGCCCCAACCUCUGACACUGAAAGUGUAACUUUAUUAAGUUCUGGACUAACAACCCCGGACACCCCAGUCCAGCUAUAUCGGCCUUUGAGAGAAGAUGGAGAAUCCAGUGGAAGUGGUGUGGGCUCAACACCAGAUUAUGAAAAUGUGAUGACUUCUGCAUCAAAACUCAGUCCUUUAGAGCCCAAAUAUGAGCAACUUAUUGCAACCCCAUCGCCUAGCCAAGACUUCAGAAGUUACGACAACAUUCCUGUUCCUAAACCUCGCUUUCAAACUCCUCGUACCCCAUAUGAAAAUGUUCAAAGAGAGUUUCUUGCUGCUGAAUUGAAUGCUUCUAAAGUGAAUGAGAUAGAAUUGAAAGACCAGCAUUGUACUAAGUCACCUUAUGAAAAUUUACAAAGAGAGUUUAUUAUUAACAGUGAUUUAAACCAAGCCUCAAGUCCUCCUGCAAGCAGUAGUCCUUCACUGAGUGCUGGAACAACAGCUGUCAGGCACUUGGAAUCAAGUGGAGAUGAGGACACCCUUGAAAUAAGCCAAGACAAUUUCUCCUUGGAUCUCAAUGCUGGCUUUGAACACAUAUAUACAGAAAUCAUGUCAGGAAAUGAAACACAUGCAGAGGAUGCUGAUUCAGGCACUAUGAUGAUAGAGCCGUGUGAUACGGACCAAAUCAAUGAAGUAUCUGUAAAUGUUUACUCUGAACAGUCAGCACCAACUUUGCCUGUUCACAACCAAAAUGUUUAUCAAAAUGUGCCAAGUGUUUCUCAAGCACUUCAUCCGGGUUGUAGAGCAGAGGAUGAUGUUUAUGAAGAUUUUGCUUUUGAAAAUUCUAUUGUGGAUAGUGAUAUUCUCCAAAAUUCUGGCCAUGAGGCGCCUCUAUUUGAUGUAAAACAACUGAAAACAGCACCGCUGGAUCCAAAUGUAGUUUACCAACAAGUAAAGUAUCUAAGGCGUUCUAUACAUGAGGUUAAUGCGUUGUUAGAAGAUAGUAGCAAUGCUGAAGAAUCUUUGAUGCCCGAGAAUGAGGUAGAAGCAGAUCAAAUAACCCAAGCUGGAGAAGCUCUCAAACACAAUUUUAGUUCCUAUGGAGAGGUAGAAAAUGAAAGUAAAGUAGUGGCGAUGCAGGAAAAAUGCCCUGAAACUCACUUUGACUGUUCUCCUAUUGAUACUUGUUAUGAACUUGAUACUGUCACCAAUGUAUCUAAUAGUAACCAGUUUCCUGAGGUACAAGCAUUUGAACCAGCUGAAGAUGAAAUUGAGAUGGCUGCACAGGAAAAAUGCUCUGACAAUGAGAGUGUUCAGAAUGUGGAUCUUUUAUUCACUUCUUGUGACAGUGAGAAUAAUUUGCCCCCUGUCAAACCAUUUCCACCCUCUGUGCUUCCAUCUCAUGACAGCGUUUCACCUCAAAAAACACUGGAAGCAUGUGUGUUCCCAACUCUCCCUCCAGGGGUUGCUUCUUUACAAGAACCAGCAGAAGCCUCUGAGUUUCCAAUUCAUUGUGAUAAAGCAGCUAACCUUGGAGAAAGUCUGACUUCAGCCAGUGACUGUGCCUCAUCUCAGGCAAGUCCAGUUCUUGAAAGUCCUCUUCCAGACUCCUCAUUGCCUGAUGCUCUAAAUGUUGCAACAGAGAGCCGUAGACGAUUUGAGUCCGAAAUAGGUCGUGAGCUUGUUCGAGAGAGACGCAUGACUCAAGAGUUGCAAGAGGUAAGAGCAACCAAGACUUCUCCUCAUGGAUCUCCAGCACACAAACCUGAUCAAGGAAACAAAUCAAGUGUUAAAGAACUUUUAUCUCGCUUUGAGUUGACUCAAAUGGAUUUAGAGUCAUCUGGUUUGGCACCAACUUCACCUUUACCUCUUUCGUCUCGUAAAUCAGACCCUCACCCUAAGCCAUCUGAGAAAAUAGAUAUAACAUCUGCAACAUUACCACCUUGCCUGAGAGCUCGUGCAGCACGCAUAGCACGCACCAAACUGAACACCUCUACUAAUCUAAGUGCAUCAUUAGAUGAAGAUCACUUUCUUCUAUCAGGAGGAAGUAAGGGUGAAGGGAGGGCACUUAUUCGUACUCAGACUGAACCAGAUGUAAAUACUGAAAAUCGUUCUGUUGAAGAAAAUGAACUGACUAACAGCUCUUCAGUAUCAAAAGCAGUUGAAAACGAGUCUGCUAUUUUUUCACAGGACGAUGACCCACAGAGAAGAGAACGUAUUGAACGAUACAAGGAAGAAAGGAGAAGUUUUUUGAGAAAAAAGUAUCGAUCUGAAAGUUUUCGCAAUGAGCAGGAUGACACCUUAGCUCGAUUAAAGCAGAAAGCUGUUUGUAAAGGAGGUUUGCCUGGUGUGUCCCCUGUGGACAUGCCCAAAGAUAUUACUAUGGAUUUGGACAACAUUAGGCAACAGAAGAGCAACACAUCAGAAAGAUUACCUGUUGAGAAAAUAUCUUCAAAAGAUAGUUCCCCUGUUAAGUCAACUAGCAAAACUAAAUCUGGGAGAACUGUUGCAUCUCCAACAAGUCCUGAACCCAUCACCUGUGUAACAGUGCGUCAAAGGAUUGUUACUCCAGAUAAAGUUUCCCUUAAGGGAUGUGAGUCACCUCUCAGUCCCAACUCACCAAGAACUGAACAUAAAAAGUUUGGAUUUUCUCCUGAAAAAAUUCCAGUCAGUAAAGGUUCUCCAGAGAGGAAAUUCCCCGAAAAAACACGCAUACCUGUUUCUGUGGACUUGGCUCAUGUUGAGAGAAGACCUGCACAACUGGUUCUUGUACAGCGUUCAUCAUUGCCUGUAGCUUCUUCUGAGAGAAGGAUGUCUGCUGGAAAUAAAGUUUCUUCACCCGAUUCCAACUUUCCCAUCUCACUGAGUUCUAGUGGGGACAUCAAACGGAGAGCCUCAGUAGAAAGUAAUUCUUCUCAACGUUCUCCCAUAAAAUCACCGUCUUACUGCAUUCGAGACAUGGCUGCAUUAUUUGAAGCUAAAGAAAACACUUCUCGCAGUGCUACUAGUACCACAGCUUCAAAAUCAACAUCAUCUUCCUCUGCAAAGAACUUUGUAUCAUCUGUUUAAAAAGUGAUUAUUAUGACAAUCUUUUAUGGGGUUUAAUUUUCAUUUGCAUUUAAGUUAGUAUAUCUCAUCAGAUACUGCUUGACAAAGGCACGUUGCCUAUUUCUGUGAUACAAAGCUCUUGAAUCUUAUAAAGAAACUAUGCAAGCUGUUCAACAAAAUUUGCCAAUUGGUCGUUCUUUUCCUAGUAAUUUUUAUGGUUUAUAUCGAAUACAUUCUUAUACCGGUGCAUUCAAAUUGUUAGAAAGAAUUAUACAAAUUUUUGAAGUGUGUUUUUGUAAUCUUUAUACAAAGUGAACUACACUUUUCUAUGAUAUCUAGUUCUAUGUAACCCUGUAAGCAACUUUUAAGCUUGUAAACAGAAAAGUUUUAAUUUUUUUUUAAACAAAUUUCUGUUGAUGGUAAUUUUUUACUCUUUAAUGUUGUACAAAUUGUGCCAAUCUGUUUCUUGCCUAUAGGAAGACCUUUAUUUUGCCAUGUUCUACCUAGUAUCUGCUUCCAUCAGCAGAGCUUUAUUUUGACUUUUGUCAAUGUACUAGCAAAUUUUAAGUAAAAUAUUCCUGUAGUUUUGAAACAUUCCUCUUAUGAAGGAUAGUAUGUAUCACAUUUAUGAACUUAGAAAUAUUAUGUAGAAUCUAUAGUUUAUUGUCUCGUUUCUUAUGUUGUAUUGUGUUUAAAUCAGACAGCUUGUCUAAAUUAUAAAGACUCAGAAUGUUUGCUUUAUGUACACUGUGGAGUGCUUGUUUUCAAUGUUACUGCAUUUUUUGUUUAACUCCCUUGUACUGUGUCUCUUUUAGCCAUAAGCUCAAGCAUGUUACGUACUGUAUUUUGUACUAUUGAUUAACCAACUUUAUGAGGUUGUGAUGCUCUGGGGUAUGUGGGCCAAGUCAGCAGACACUUUUCAAGUGUCUGAAUGAGUCUGUGUAUGUUUGUGUAACAAGGUAUGGAGAAAGAAAUAUCACUCUCUUUAACAAAUUGGCUGCAGCUAUUAAGCCUUUUGUAGCACACCAGUCAAUAUGUUCAACAAAAAAGUUUCAACUAAGAAAUAACAUUUGAGAAAAUGAGAGAAAGUGAGAGAAAGUGAGAGAGUGAUGUAGACACUUUAGCUGCGUCCAGACAAGAGGGUCGCUUGAGUCGUUUGGGUUGCUGUGAGUCUGAGUCUGCGCAGAGAACCAAAACUCGGCCUCUGCGCAAGCUCAGAGACCCAAGCGACUCCAGUGCCCCUUUUGUCUGGACGCAGCUUUCUUGUGUUUACAAAGACAUUUUCCCCUGAGAAAUUUUCUUGAAGAGACUGAUCUGAAAUGUUUAAUGGUAGCUAAGUUUGUAGCUAUAGUGAUUCCUUUUUCUAUUAAAGGGAUACAUUAACUGGUAAAGUUAUUAUAUGAUUUCUUAGUAUGGAAAAAUACAUAUGUUUAUAUCAGCUCAUAAACAUUUACAUAGAAUUGUUGUAGUUCUGUAAGUAUGAUUUAUAGUGCUAUUAUUCCUAUAAAUUUUCAAUUUCCAGUUUUGUUUCCUCUCCUGCCAUUAGUUUUAUUAGUUGAUAUUAACACACUUGUUUGUUGCUGUUGUUGUUGUGUUGUAAUAUGUUUGUUUGGUAAAAUUGUGUUCUUAAAUAGUUCACAAAGUACCUAAGUUUUUUUCAGUUUUCACUUGCACUGCUCUGGCAGAUGUGUGCCAUAUGUGCAGGUCAUGUUUUAUAUUUGCUUAUGGCAUCUGGUUGAAGAGUUUACAACUGUAGCAGUUUUAAAUGUCUGCUUAAGGAUCAAGUACAUUUAUGGCUGACCAAUCUCUUUUUUUCUUUCUUUUAAUUUGUGAUUAUUUUAAUUUAGUUUAUAUCUAGUUAACAAACUCAAGUGAAUCUCAUUCAUUGUAAAUCUUCCAUAGGAGUUUUCAUUGUGACAACUAAUGUUUAUGACAAACUAAUACAUCACACUGUAAGACAUUUUUACUAGUUUCUAUCUAGUUUUUAAAAGAUUGAAUAGAUCCAGUCAGUAUGAUUAUGACACACUUAAAUUUUAGAGAAGCCUUAGUAUUUUUUAAUAACUUUAUCAAAUCGGCUCAGAAUUAAUCUUUUAUACUUGUUAUGUACUUGUUUUAGCUGUCUUUUAAGACAAAAUUAUUUUUGUUCCAGUGAAAGUUGUUUGGGCCACCAUGCUCACAACUAAAUACUUCUCUGCAAAGUAAAUCUUCAAGUCAAUCAGUGGUUCCUAUGUCAAACACUGAAACUCACUUAAAAUAAUGUAGUAGCCACCAUUUAAAAAUUGUUAUCUGUUAGCUCUCCGUUAAAUCUUUUAGUCGGUCAAAAUAAUUAUAACUUUACAUAGUUGUAGACUACCAAGAACAGACAUAAAUUUUGUGAUUGGGGCUCUGCAAGUUCUUGUUAACUGUAUCAUCAGUGUUCUAAAUUUAAACAUCACACAACAGAUAUUUUCUGUUGCCUGUUUACUUUUUUACUUUCAAUUACAAAAAUACCUGUUAGACUAGAGCUACCUGUGAUGGCCAUAACUUCGUGUUCUGUGCUUUUCUCUGUGGAGUAUUUGUCUUGCGUACUUCAUUUUUGUCUUCUGAGUCUAACCACUGGCGUAUCUUCUAUAGACUGACUACCUUUGUAUGUAUAUUACCCUUUUAUUGUCUUUUUUUUCAUACCAAAGUUUUCCUUGUAUUAAGUCAAAUGUGUGAGUGCUUAUUUUUAGUUUCAUUCGGGGACGCCCCGUUUGUCCGACAAGUUAUUUGUCCGACAGCCGCAUUUAAGUAAAUAAAUUAAAUAAAUAAAGUAUUACAACAACAGGGAAA